AUGGCCCUCUCAAUCCUUCGCAUUGCCCCCUUGGCCCGAAGGUCCUUGUACCCUAUUCGUGUGACAGCUUCGCCCGGGUUCACUAAACGCUGUCUCUUGUAUAACGGAAUGGAUCCUCGUUCGUUUUCAACUAGUCUUCCCACUCGUGCCAGAGCGACGCCGGUUUUCUCCCCACACGGAGUUAAGCGUGCGCAAUCCCUUUUACAAAAUUUAAAACCAAUUGGUCCUUAUUCGCAGGCCAUCAAGGCCAACGGACUCGUCUUUGUCUCGGGCCAGAUUCCCGCUGAAACCACUGGAACUCUCAUCGAGGGGACUGUGGCUGAGAAGACCCAUAAGAUGUGCCAGAAUGCGCGAGCGGUCUUGGAAGCAGCGGGUUCCAGCCUUGAAAAAGUUGUUAAAAUAACAGUCUUCUUCCAAAACAUGGAUGAUUUCAAGGAAAUGAACGAAGUUUACGCUACAUACUUCCCUCAUAAGCCAGCAAGGAGUUCAUGUGAAGCUGUGAGGCUGCCUGCUGGGGCGAGCAUAGAGAUAGAUAUUAUUGCGUUAAGGUGGAACCAACGAAUCUCGAAUGGGAUCAACAUCGAAAAUGCCUUUCUACUUUAA